UCAAGCUUAUCGAGCCGUCGUUUCUUUUUUCGGUUCUCUCUUCUUUCUCUGUCGUCCCUAUUGUUUGUCGUCUCGAUAUUCUCGAGUACUGAAUCACCGGACGAGUCACCGGCAGGCGAACCAUCGGGUACACGGUUGCUUUACAAAUCAACAUGGGAAACAUUAGUCCGAGUAGUAGGCACGGGCGCAAGUUUUGAUGAUGUGGCGGCGUUCAGUGGGAAACAAGCGCAGCCUUAUCCGUCUGCAGCAUCCAACAAGAUGCCUGUGAAACUCGAGCUAUUCCCAAAUGGCUUGUACCAGGUGUUCGCAAGUGCGUCUCUAGGGGCUCGGAGCGACCCCAAAGAACAAUACAUUGCGUACCUAGACACCUAG